AUGGUAGUAGCUGGAGUACAAAUUAUUUGUAAGUUAAUAUUUUCUUCAGAAUAUACCAAAGCCAUGGAACAGAACUACCAUAAAGAUCACCUGGCUUGCAAACACUGUGACAAAAAGCUAAUUGCCUGUAGGUACAUUCUCAAAGACGAGAACCCUCAUUGUAUACCUUGUUAUCAAGAAGUGUUUGCCCACAAUUGCUAUGAAUGCAGGAAACCAAUUGGGCCUGAUUAUAAGGAUUUGUCCUACAAGGAUAAACAUUGGCAUGAAUUUUGCUUUAAAUGCUGUGAAUGCAUGAAGAAGUUUGAAUACAAAGGCACACAAUGGCAUGAAGAGUGUUUUAUUUGUAAUGUUUGCAAGGAACCUAUCAAGAACAAAAGCUUCAUUCCUCGAGGUGAUGAAGUUGUCUGCAUCCCUUGUUUCGAAAAUAAGUAUGCACAGAGAUGUGCAAAAUGCAAUGGAGUCCUAACCAAAGGUGGUGUUGCAUACAAGGAUAUCCCUUGGCAUCGUGAAUGUUUCACUUGUAGUAAGUGUGGAAAAAACCUUGCUGGAGAGAAGUUUACUUCUCGUGAAGAUAAGCCUUACUGUGCUGAUUGCUAUGGUGAUUUGUUUGCCAAGAAGUGCUGCAUCUGCACAAAACCUAUCAUGGGUUUUGGUGGUACCAAGUUCAUCUCUUUUGAAGAACGUCACUGGCACAGUGACUGCUUCAACUGUUAUAAGUGCAAGACAAGCAUGGUUGGCAAGGGAUUUCUUAUGAAUGAAGGUGAUAUUUUGUGUCCUAAUUGUGGACGUAACUAA